AGCCGGUACCCGUAGGGCUUGGCGUGCGGCGUGCGGCGGCGGUGGCGCGGGCGGCGGCGUAGCGCGGCUCCGUAGGACCGGCGCGGACCUGCAGCGGCUCGCUGAGGCCGUGGGUCGUCGUUGCAGCUGCCACGAAUCUUGGGACGAACUUGCCAGACAGAGAGGAGCGGAAGGGAAGGGAUGCACGGGCAUGGGGGUUACGACUCUGAUUUUAGUGAUGAUGAGCAAGGUGGAGAAUCAAGCAUAAAGAAGAAGAAGACAGCUGAAGAUGAGUUGCUGCUUACAAAACCAUUUCAAAAAGAAAAACAUGGAAAGGUGGUCCACAAGCAAGUCGCAGCGGACCUGCUGGACAGGGAAGAAGCAAGAAAUAGAAGGUUUCAUCUCAUAGCUAUGGAUGCUUAUCAAAGGCACACAAAGUUUGUAAAUGACUAUAUUUUGUACUAUGGUGGCAAAAGGGAGGACUUCAAGCGUUUAGGGGAGAAUGAUAAGACAGACUUGGAUGUUAUACGAGAAAACCAUAGAUUUCUAUGGAAUGAGGAGGAUGAAGCAGAUAUGACUUGGGAGAAGAGACUUGCAAAGAAAUAUUAUGAUAAAUUAUUCAAGGAAUACUGCAUAGCUGAUCUCAGUAGAUACAAAGAAAAUAAGUUUGGAUUCAGGUGGCGAAUAGAAAAAGAAGUAAUUUCAGGAAAAGGUCAAUUUUUUUGUGGAAAUAAACAUUGUGAUGAAAAAGAAGGCUUAAAAAGCUGGGAAGUUAACUUUGGUUAUAUUGAGCAUGGUGAAAAGAGAAAUGCACUUGUUAAAUUAAGAUUAUGUCAAGAAUGUUCCUUUAAGUUAAAUUUUCAUCACAGGAGAAAAGAAAUCAAGUCCAAAAAAAGAAAGGCUAAAACCAAGACUGAGUGUGACGAUUCACCACAUAAGAAAUCCAAAUCUUCUUCAGAGGUCUCCAAGGGGAAAGAUGAAGGACAUACAUCCUUAAAAAGGUCGGAAGAUUCUAGAAACACAGGAAACACGGAUGAGGAAGACAGUGCUUCAGAAUCUGAGCUGUGGAAGGGCCCUCUGCCAGAGACAGAUGAAAAGUCACAGGAAGAAGAAUUUGAUGAUUAUUUUCAGGACUUGUUUCUAUGAGCAGAGAGAGAGGCUCAUUCCUUGGUGAGGAAGCGUACUAUGAAACUCCAUGAACAUGCCCAUUGCCGUUGAGUCUGGACAGCCACGGACAGAUGUUUCGGAGGCUCAGGGACUGUUUCAGACACUUCCUCCUUUGUUUAUGUAGCAUCUUGGUUGCUUAUGUACAAAUCUGUUUUGGCCAUAGCUCUCCAGUAUAUGAUGCACUGUUUUAAGUGGCAUUUGAACAUGGAGUAAUUGGCAUUAAACUGUAAAUAAAUUAUUUAGUGUCUGGUUUUAAAA